CCUACUUCACUUUACCGCGUGUCUCGAAGAACUCUGAAUCAAUCAUGUCGGAGAAACAGCUGAUUGUCGCAGUCGAAAGCACUGCUGCUAUGGGGCCGUAUUGGCAAACCAUUCGUUCGGAUUAUCUCGAUAAGAUAAUCAGGAGCGAGGAAUGAAUUAGAUGAUUGGACUUGCUGAAGAAAGAGAUAGACUUAUUUUUUUGAUGAGCCUAGUGAAUGCAGUAGGAUUCAAAGCUUGAUGGCUUCCUCUUCUUCUCAGUCAAAAAGAGUCAAGUCUAGAAAAGAUCAAAUUUGGCUUUAUCAUCGUCGUUUGGGUCAUCCUUCAUUUAAUGUUUUGAAAACUAUUUCCUUCUUGGUUUAAAGAUGUACUUGUUGAGGCCUUUCAUUGUGAUGUUUGCGAGUUUGCAAAAGAACUUCUGUUCCUUUUAGCGUGAUUCAUAGUGAUAUUUGGGGUCCAUCUAGUGUCCUUAAUGUUACUAGCUCUCGAUGGUUUGUGUCCUUUAUUGAUGAUUGAUCUCGUGUAACAUGGAUUUAUUUGCUAAAACAAAAAUCUGAUGUUAGUACUUUUUCCACUUUUUAUAACAUGAUUAAAACUCAAUUUGGAGUUGGGAUACAAAGGUUUAGUUCUGACAAUGCAAAAGAUUUUUUUAAUCAAUCAUUGUCCAUAUUUUUUGAUACAUAUGGAAUUCUACAUGAAUCAUCCUGUGUUAAUACUCCUUAACAAAAUGGGGUGGUUGAGAGGAAAAACAGUCGUCUUCUUAAUGUAAUUAGAGCCUUAUUUUUUCAAACUAAUGUGCCUAAGCAAUAUUGGGGAGAAGCUCUUUUAACUGUUACCCACAUGAUUAACAGACUUCCAACCUCGGUCCUUGGUUCAAAAAGUCCUAUUGAUGUUCUUACCCAAUUUUUCCCUAAUUUUAAUGCACCAAGUGGACUUAUACCUAGAAUAUCCGGAUGUGUGGUCUUUGUUCAUUUGCAUUCUCAACAAAGGAUUAAACUUGACCCUAGAGCUCUUAAAUGUGUGUUGGUUAGGUAUUUCUUUACUCAAAAAGGGUGUAAGUGUUAUCAUCCUUUUUCUAGGAAGUUUUCUGUGUCUGAUGAUGUCACUUUUUUUGAAUUUGAUUCUUAUUUCAAUACCCCUCUUGAAAGAGAGAGCCUUCUUAAUAAGGACUAGGGUCAUGAUCCCCUUGUCAACGAAUUUCUUAAUUUUUUACCACCUAGUGAGACCUUGGAAGUACCAUCACCCUAAAUUUAGUCGUCCACUAUAGGUUUUCACUCGGAAGAAGAAGAGAAUAUCUUAACUUACACAAGUUCAAUCAUCUGAAACAACUCUUGCUCAAACUUCUAAACCCGUGCAUGAAAAUUGUGAGGUCUUUCGGUGGAAAUGACACAACUGGGCAGAAGCCUUCGACUUCCAACGUUGAGUUUGCAUUAGUUACCUUUAGUACUCGUGGAUGUUAUUCUGGCAUUGUUGCGCAACGGACUGGCUGGACAAGUGACCCUGAUACAUUCUGCAAAUGGCUUUCAGCUCUGUCCUUUGUUGGCGGUGGUUUUGAUGAUGCUGCAAUUGCAGAAGGGCUCUCUGAAGCUAUCAUGAUGUUCCCCACUUCUCAAAAUGGAAGGCAAAGUCAACAGAACGUGGACUUGCAAAAGCACUGCAUUCUUGUUGCAGCAAGUAAUCCCUACCCUUUGCCGACACCAGUUUAUGUACCACGACUGCAGAAUUUAGAUCAAGGUGAAACCAUAGAAUCAAAUACAGGGAAUCGUCUACAUGAUGCUGAAGCUGUUGCUAAAGCAUUUCCUCAGUGUUCUGUUUCUCUAUCUGUUAUCUGUCCAAAGCAGCUCCCCAAAGUUAAAGUCAUUUACAAUGCGGGGAAGCGAAACAGCUGUGCAGCAGGUCCACCUGUUGAUACAAAAAACUCCCAUUUUCUUGUUUUAAUAUCUGAAAGUUUCAGGGAAGCCUGUUCUGCUUUGAGUCGUUCUGGAAUCACAACUCUACCUUCAAAUCAAAGUCCUGUGAAGGUGGAUGCAGGCCCUGUUGCACCAGUUACCGUGACAGUACCUACUUCUACGCCACAAGUUAAUGGAUCUAUCGCAAACCGGCAACCAAUUCCUGCUGGGAAUAUGGCCCCUGCUACUAUAAAAGUGGAGCCUGUUCCUGUUACUUCCAUGGUAUCAGGACCUACUUUUCCUCAUAUGUCAUCAGUUCCACGUGCUCCUAGUCAAGCUGUCCCAGGCUUGCAGACUUCAUCUCCAUCUUCUGCUUCUCAAGAUAUUAUGCCAAGUAAUGAAAAUACACAGGAUGUAAAGCCCAUGAUGCCAGUGUCACAGGCCCUGCGUCCAGUGGGUCCUGCUCAAGCAAAUGUCAACAUUCUUAACAAUCUUUCUCAAGCACGACAGGUCCUAAGUGGAGGAACCUCAAUGGGACUUCAGUCAAUGGGUCCAACUCCCGUGGCUAUGCACAUGUCAAACAUGAUAUCCAGUGGAAUGGCGUCUUCUGUACCAGCAGCUCAAAAUGUAUUUUCAUCUGGACAGUCAGGCAUAAAUUCAAUAACUAGUUCUGGAUCUCUUACUGGUCCCGUGCAGGUUGGAGCAAACUCAGGUCUUGGUUCAUUAACUUCAGCCACAUCAAAUAUGUCUGGAAAUUCAAAUAUUGGGAUUUCACAACCAUUGGGAAAUCUGCAAGGUACUGUUAGUAUGGGUCAGCCAGGGUUAGCCAUGAGCCAAGGAAACAUUGCAGGAGCACAGAUGGGAGUUAACACGAACCAAAAUGUGAUGAGUGGCCUUGGUCCAUCAGUUGUCUCUUCUGGCACUGGUACAAUGAUUCCUACUCCUGGAAUGUCUCAGCAAGUACAACCGGGGAUGCAACCACUUGUUGUGAAUAAUGCAGCAGCCAAUAUGCCUUUACAGCAACAGACCUCAGGUGGUAUGCAAUCUACACAAUCAAAAUAUGUGAAGGUUUGGGAGGGGCGUUUAUCUGGGCAAAGACAAGGACAGCCCGUAAUUAUCACCACACUAGAGGGUUAUCGGAGUUUUUCAGCUUCUGAAUCGCUUGCAUCAAACUGGCCGCAAACAAUGCAAAUAGUUCGUCUUAUAUCUCAAGACCACAUGAAUAACAAGCAAUAUGUUGGGAAGGCGGAUUUCCUAGUUUUUCGCGCUAUGAACCCGAAUGGGUUUCUUGCUCAGCUUCAGGAAAAGAAGCUGUGUGCCGUUAUCCGAUUACCCUCACAGACGUUGCUACUAUCUGUCUCUGACAAAGCCUGCCGCUUGAUUGGGAUGCUUUUUCCUGUGGACAUGGUGGUAUUUAAGCCACAAUUGUCCAGCCAGCAGCAGCAACAAAUGCAGCAACAGCAGCAGCAGCAUCAGCAUCAGCAGAUGCAAUCGCAGCAGCAUCUUCCGCAGCUGCAACAGCAACAGCCACAGCAGGUUGCUCACAUGCAACAACAGCAACAACUUCCCCCGGUGCAGCCGCAACAACUCUCCCAGCUGCAACAGCAGCAGCUCCCGCAACUGCAACAGCAACAACAGCCGCUUUCACAACUGCAGCCGCAGCAGCAGCUUCCUCAACUUCAGCAACUGCAACAUCAGCAGCAGAUUCCUCAGCAACAGCAAAUGGUUGGUGCAGGGAUGAGUCAAGCAGCGUAUGUUCAAGGUCCGGGACGGUCACAACUGGUAUCUCAGGGACAGGUAUCAUCGCAAGGUGCACCCAACAUGGGUGGAGGGGGAUUCAUGAGUUAGCUCCGUUCUGCAUAUUGUUCCUCCACAAUCUAUGCCAAGAUUAUAUGAGAGUCAUGAUGUAUGAGUCUGAACCUCCGAAUGCUGUUGAAAAAAUUGAUCACUUGGCAGUUUUAGAGAUAGGUUGAGUUUCAAAUUGCAGAUAGUGUAGCCUUGUGAUUAUUUAUUUUGCUAAUGAACCGUAAAGAACCAUGCAGGAGGCUUUAUAUUGUUAUAAGAAUUAAUGUUAAUAACGGAAUGCAAGUUUGCUAGCUA